AUGGCUCUUCCUGACUCUAAUGGCAGUAGUACGCUUGGGGGGGCGGUAGGUGCAGCUGGCGUGAGUUUCUCUCGCAGGGGCACCCACUCGUGGGAGGACCUUAAAAGAGUUGCAACAGAGCUUAGGGGCAGCCUGAACUGGGCAGCCACCCAAGGCGUUGCUUCAGGAAUGGAGGCGCGGCGCGGAGCUAGCGAAUUGACGGCCCCUCAAUGCUGGACAAUGCUACAGCAGCGGGGCCCCCCAACACAAGAUGUUGCUGAGGGAGACUGCAAGGCUGGAGGGGAGGGCCACAAGCCUCCUGUUGCUGUAGCAAAUCUACAUGCCGGGGUGCAGAGAAGUCCUACAACAUCUCGCAGGCCCUCUGUGUCUGCAGCUCCCCGGAGAGUCCCCUUAACUGGGAGCCUCUGCCUCCUGGAGCCGUCCGUGAUUGCACAGGCAGCUAUGCUGACUCAGAGGGGGCUGCCUGGUACCUCUGCAGCUGAGUCUGCGGCUUCUCCCUUGCCGGUUCUAACUUCUUUGGGCCUUCCCAAGCGUCCCAUCAAUAGCAAUGGGGCUACCAUCGCCGGGCAAGUGCCCCCCCGCACCGGCAACAAGGGAGAAAUCGAUGGCGCACAGCAACCCAAGCCGCAGACGAGCACCAACUUCUCUGCUUUUCCGUGGGCGCCCCCCUUCAGAAGCUCCAGGCACCUGUGGUCCACACCGGGUUCACUCGGUUCCCAGCAGGAGCCUCCAGAAGCGCCUCAUGGGUCAAGAGAGCCCCUUGGCCCCCCAACACCUCCUCAGGCACACAGAAUGCAAAUGCUGGGCCUGCGGGGGCCCAAGGUGCAGCACCGGGCGAGUGCUGGAAACCUGCUGCUGCAGCGGCAGCUGGCGGUAUCUGCUGGGAUGAGGCGAGAGACCUCUUGGGCCCAUUUCUCCAGAUUGUCUCAGGAGCAACUGCACAACAAACCAGACGAACGAGGAGGAAACAGAGAACAUGCCGACUCACGUAUCCCUAUACCAUCAUGGAGCCUCCUAACUGUUCUCAAUUUCUCAACAGCAGCCAAGGCAGCUACAGCAGCACCUGCUACAAGGAGACCCUACUCCUCAGACUGCACAACAACUGCAGAUACGGCGGAAGCCGCAACAGUAGCAACAGCUACUGCUGCUGCUACUGCUGCAAACGAAUUUGAUAUUACACCUGCAGCAGCUUCAGAUGCCUCGCCACUAUUAAGGAAGACGCCUGGGCAUAAGACAGAGCUACAAGGCGUGUCGGGGUGUCCAAGUGAAGACGAAAUACUGAAUAGAAAAAGGCAACAAGAUGCUGCAUGCGCUGCACUCGAGUCAGCAGCAGCAGCUGCUGAUUCGUUGUCAGUCUUUGCGCCACACUUAAAAGCGCCUGCUACACCUCCAGCAGCACCUGUAGAUACUACUGCUACUGCUACUGUUGCUGCUUCGGCCGCGGAGGAAGCCACGCUCAGCAAUGCAUCUUCAAGAACAGCAUCAGAUGCACGACGUGAGGGGGAAACAGCAAAAUCAAACGGAUGCACAGCAGCGGCAGCAGCUCCAACAGAGGCACGGGCUGCAGAAGGCAAGGGAAAACCAGCAGCAACCGAGGAAAAGGCGACCGUGGUUCCUCAACCCGCCCAUCCAAAUGUAUCAACGCCGGAAGCACAGAAGGGACGCCAACCGGCAACAAUAACAGCAACCGACGUGGCACCAGCAACAGGAGCAACGGCAACUGCAGAAGGGGACUGCACGACCAGCCCGCGCCGUCACUCUCUCUCUGCUUCUUCACGCAUUGUGCCUCCCCUCAUAUGGAGAGCCAUACCUCCAGAAGACUGUGCCUCUCAAGCGCCGUGUAGCAGCAGCAGGUGGGCACCCUUAGCUUCUUUUUCUCGGCGCAGAUGGAAGGCUUUUGACAUGGCGAGGCCCCUGAGGCUUAAGGUUGUGACAAUCGGCCCCGAGCGAAGCGGCAAGAGUUGUUUAGUGAGGCGGUUUUGCGAGCGGCGAUUCGCUGGGGGCCCCUGUGGCGCUCCAGGGGAGCUGGUGGGGUCCCAAGGGACGCGAACAAUCGGUUUGGACUUUGGGCUUAAAGACGUGCAGCUGCCCACCAAGGAAACGGUGCGCCUGCAUUUCUUUGACUUUUCCGGGGCCCCCCAAUAUGCAGAGGCCUUUGAAGGGGCCCUCGAGCGUUAUGAUGUGCUGCUGGCUGUGUUCGAUGCUACCGACCCGAAGUCCCUCCCAGAAGCUGUCAGGAUACUCAAACAAACGCGGGAAGCAGCAGGCGCUCAGGAAGCCAUCAUCGCCUUAGUAGCGGCAAAGGCCGACGGAUCUGCUGCCGCAGCAGCCGGUGCAGCUGCAGGAGAAGCAGCAGCAGCGGCAGCCGGAGCCCGCUUCUACGCAGCAUGCGCAGAGACAGCAGAAGGCGUCGACACACUCUUCCUGGAAACUGCAACAGCAGCGGCAGCAGCUGUAAGAGCCAGAGCUGCUGCAUCCGUUGAUUGCCAGCCACAACAGCAGUAUCAGCAGCCGCAGUAG